AGGGCUCGGGGGGUUCCCGGAGGGGCCGAGGGAGGGCUCGGGGGGUUCCCGGAGGGCUCUGGGGACUCUGGAGGCAGUGGGGGAGGCCCUGGGGUAUCAGUGGAGAUCCCUGAAGGGGAUUGCGGGUCUGGGGCAGCUGAGAGAUGCCGGGGGGUUCUGGGGUCACUGGGGUGGGUGUGAGGGUCCCAGAGAGGUUUGGGGUGGAGAGAGGUUAGUGUGGUUCUGGGCGUCCAGGAGGUCGAGGGGGUCCCCAUGUGGUUUGGGAAGCCCUCGGGGUGGUUAAAGUGGCAGAGAGCUGGGAUCUCACUGACAGAGACCCCCCCCCCCCCCAAUCUCUCCCAUGGACCUCCCAAAUCUCCCCUAGAAACUCCAAACCCUCCCAGGGACCCCCAAAUCCCAACAGGACUCUCUCAGCUCCCCUUAGAUCUAUAAGCCUGUCCAAGGGAAUGAUACCAAAUGGAUGUCAAGUACACUUUCUAACACAAUGUCAAGCGUUAGAAAGCAGGUGUUUAUCUGCCCAGGACAUGCUGAAGGAUUUCUCCUUUAAUCUGAUGUGUGCGGUGAAACUUUACCACAGGGUAUGGUCCUGGAGGGACUGUGAACAGGUCUCUGGUGGUCAUAUUCCCAGAAUGUUUCCAUAUUGCAGAUUGCACGUUUGGGAGGGUUUGUGUGGGACCAGGUGAGUGAAGUGUUUUCUGGAUGUUGAGCUCCAUUUUGAUCUGAAUUUGGGGGAUGUUGGGCCAUAAAAUACCCAUUUUGAUUGAAACUGGGAGGAGUUGGGGGGAAAUUCAUCCUUUCCAUGAAAUUUUAGUGUGGAUUUGGUGGAAAUGGGGUAUUGAGAUGGCAUCAAGGGCAGGGUUUGGUGGGAGGGCUGUGUCAGCAUUUUAACCCCAUUUUGACAUGAAUCUAGGUGAUUUUAGUUAAAAUUCAUCUAUAUUUGGUGUGACUCUGAUUUAGAUGGAGACUCUGGCCUCAAGGUGGGAGGAGGAUGAGGGGGAGAGAUGUUUUAUCUCUGUUUAAUUCCAUUUUGACCAAAAGGGAGGGCAUUGGGGGAAAUAGUAUUUUGACCCAAAAUGGGAGAAUUUGGGAAGAAAAACCAUUUUGAUCCAAACCUGGGGAAUUUUGGACAAAAUUUUGAGUUUGGAAUGUUUCAGGUGGAUUUAGAGGCAGUGGAGGCCAAAAUAAGCCCCAAGAGAUUUUUGUGAGGUGAAAAAAAGGCAUUUUGGGGUAUUAAAAGACAUUUUGGGGUAAUUUGGGAGUUAAUUUGAGGCUUCUGGAGACACCCCAGGGUUCACAUGGAUUUUUCUCAUAAAAUUACAGUUUUUCUUGAUUUUUGGUGUUUUUCGCAGGGAUGGCACAAGGUGGGAUCCGGUGGCUGCUCCUUCCUUUCUGUGUGUGGUGGUGGCAGUGCAGGUGGUGUUUUUCUUCAGCAGGUCAACUUGUCAAGAUCCCUUCCUCCUUGUUGUCCCACCUGUCAGCGCCCGUUGCACUGCGUUCCACUUCAGCAGUGUGCCCAGCCAGGAUAACCAUGCCAUCCUCAUUGCACCCACCACUGCCACUGCCACCACCACCCUCAAAUCAUCCUCCAGACAACACCGUGGCAUGGCAGGCCAUUCCUAGCACAGAUUUCUCCUGGGCCAGCAUCACCCUGAGUGCAACAAUGCAGAGCGCUGAGAACUCACAGAUGCCCAUUGGGCUUCUGGUGUUUGGGUUCCAGAGUCACGCUGGAUAUGGCUUCCUGGAAAUCUGUGCUGCCAUCCCCACACUGCUCUCCUGUGAGGAUUUGGUAUGCAAGGAGAGGUGUGAGAUGGAUGGACAACCAGAGUGCCUCCAGGAGACUUUCUCCAUCUGUUGGCUUGCUGGCGGGCCACACUACUGCAGUUUUCAUGGAAAGACCUUUGAUUUCAUGGGAACAUGUGCCUACACCUUGACCACCAUCUGCGAUCCCGAUCCCACCCUUCCUGCCUUCUCUGUUGAGGUCAAAAAGAGGGCAAAUGGGAACUCCAAAGUUUCCUCCAUUGGCUCCAUCACCAUCCAUGUCGACAAUGUCACUGUCACUGCUGUCCCAUCAGAGAACGGGAUGGUGAGGGUGAAUAAUCACCUCUCGCACCUCCCCAUCUCCUCCCAUGGGAAGCUCCACAUCCACCAGAAGGGUAAAUCCAUGUUGAUCCAAUCAAAUUUCAAGCUGAAAGUCCUCUACAAGUGGGAUGAUCAUGUAGUAAUCAAACUUCUGGCUGCUCUUUCUGGAAAAGUCUGCGGAAUGUGCAGGAACAACAGGGAACUCUGGGAUGAUGCACUCUGUCUUGAUGCUCUCGCUUACCUGCCCAACAGCACCCACAGCAUCUGUGGCCUCGCCUGCCUCCCUACCUGUAGCAUCCCCACUGUGUCAUCCAGCUGUUCCACUGUCAGCACCUGCGUGGACACCUAUGUGACCUUGAAGCCAACACCUGCACUGCCCCUCUGAAUGUGGCUGUGUCUUUCAAGGUCUCUUCUAUGGCCUUGGCGAGGAAUUUUGGGGUGACCUCACUUGCACCCAACGCUCUGUGUGUGACGCGGAGCGGCGGCAGGCAGUGUACCGGGAUUCUGGUUGUACCACUAAGGAGGAAUGCGGAGUGGAGGAGGGGAUCUAGGAUUGUUAUCCCAAAAUUUUUGGGGUCUGCACCACUGUUGGAGCCACCCACUAUGAGACCUUUCAUCAAAGGAGGUUUAUCUUCCAGGGGAUGUGUGUCUUACCUACUGGUUGGGUUGUGUGAGGACACCCAAAAUUUGGUGGGAUUCCAGGUGUUGAUGCAGAAUGGCCACCAAAGUGACAACCGCAUAUCGUCCGUUGCCGUGGUGACAGUCAAAGUCUACAACAAAACCAUCAGCAUCAGCAGGGAACAUUGUGGAAAAAUCAUGACUAAUAAGAGUUGUUUGCGGCGGUUUGGCAGAAGCUGCUGAGGCCACCGCCUUCCCAAGAGUGUCUACUCUAGGAAGGGAUAGCCCAGUGAGCACCAGACGUGAGCACCACCCAGUUCACGCCACCAGAUGGUAUGUUGCGGGUCAGUGGAAAAAGCUGGCAGCCGGGGUUUUUUGUAUAGCGUUCCAGUGGUAGUUUAUCGCACCUACACACCGAAGAGUCCAGGGAAAAGAACAAAGGAGGAUCCAGGGUUUUAUAUGGGACAAGGGAGGCAGAGCAUCAGGUCUGAGGGCCAAUGGGUAGAGGGACCAGAGGCGGUGCAAAGGUGGUGUUACAGGGGAAAAUCCAACAGGUAUUCAGGGGAGGAACAGUAAGGAAUGGGCACUAAUGGGAUAAAUGGGAGUGAGGAACAUUCUGGAACUGGGGAGUAUCGCCGGCCGGGGGACUGGGUACAAAUCAUGAAUGGGAUGGGACUGCUGAGGAACGUGUCUCGAGCUGUUUGUUUUCCAGCAUCAGUCUCAUUACACGGUUAUGACAAUGGGAAGAUGCCAGCAGCUCACAUCCCAGGCAGCAGACAAAGAACUUAAUGUUACAACUUACUUUAAAAGCUUUUUGACCAAUCACACAAAGCAAAAGCAUAUUGACAGUAGUUCUAUCCAGCCACUAUAAGCACAAGUACCUUUGGUUAAAACAAUGCUCACUUAUUUAGAAUAAAAUCCCUGCUUGUAAGCCUUAAGAUACAAUGCACAGAGCUCCAUUAUUAAGCUUAGAACUUCCUAAUAUCUUGACUAGAUACACUUUUCUGUAAGUUAGGGAGUUAUUCUAGCCAAGUGCUAAUACGCAGACCAUUGUUCUAUUUGUCCUUACUUUCUACUUCUUGUAUAAUUUUUCUGCUGACAAAUCUUAUGUCUACUGCCUAGUUCUAAUUGCAGUUCCGCUGUCUCUGAGGCCGGCCUUUUGCAACUUGCCCAAAACUCUGAUUUUAAGGAUUCCCACAGGGAGUAGAACAGGGGUGAUGUAACUGGGAUCAUUACCAUAACAAGGCAAGGGACUGUGGGAGAGCAUCCCACUGGGUUGCCCUUUCUUAAAGAUGAGUGUCUUCCCAGAGCAUCCCAGUCUCAGCAUCCCCUUCAUUGUCCUGGGAUGCAACAGCUGGUCAACCUCCCAUAUCACCACAGUGAAAGGAAGAUUGUUGUCUAUCGCAGUGGGCAGGUUGUAGAGACCAAUUUUGGCCUUAUUGUCACCUACAAUUGGCACAGCCACGUCACUGCCAAAUGGCUUUGCCAACACCCUGUGUGGGCCUUGUGGGAACUACAUUGGUGCUGCCAGCAACAACAUGAUGAUGAGGAACAACCAUGUGAUAGCAGACCCAGAUGCCUUUGGGAGCAGCUGGAAGGUCACAGAUGUCCCAGGAUGUGGUGAGAGGUCAACAGUGGAAUGUUCCAGCACUGUCACACUUUCCUGGCUGCAGCAGGAAGUCUCUGGGUUGGGGUGCGAAAUUAUUUUGGAAGCGGAUGGACCCUUUAGAGCAUGUCAUGGUCAUGCUGAUGGCCACCAGUACUUCCAGAGUUGCAUCCAUGACUCCUGCCUGAUCUCUGAUCAGGAAGAAGGGAUGUGUCCAAUCAUUGCCCUCUACACCAGCACAUGCCAGGCUGCUGGUGUGUCCAUCAAGAGGUGGGGGACAGAUAAUUUCUUCUGUAAAUUGGGAUAAUUGGGAGGGUUUUUCCUUCAGUAUCCAAAGGAUCCUCAAGCCAGUUCCAAAUCCAAAUUUGAACAACCCAGAGGUGUGUGGGAAUCCCACCCAAAGUCUUGGUUGAUCUCAUAAUCCACACAAAAUAAACCCUUCCUAAGGAAGAAGUUGUCUCAUCUGGAAUAAUUUACCACCCCAAAAUCUCCAUUAUCUCGGUGUUGGCUACAAAGUGGAUAAUUUAGAGAGAGAACCACCAAAAAGUGCACCAAAAAUAGUAGAAUUUGGUUAAAGGGAUCAAGCCUGGAGGUCAGUUGAGGACCCAAUGUGGAGUGACCCCAUUCUUUGAGGAAGUGUUAUAUUUUUCUCCAUGAAAAUGGUAAGAAAUUGGGUUAUUUAGUGGCAAAAAAUCCUAUUGUAACGGGCUGGAAUAUUCUUUAUUGAUGAUCAUUGUAUCAUCAUCAGAUAAUCAUUGACAAUGUUCCUCAUCAUGUCCACAGGGAUGAAAAUUGAGGAUUUGUUAUGAAAUUGGGCUAAAAUACUCUGUAUUUGGUGAAGUUUGCACUUGAAUUCCCAGAAACUUCCAGGACUUGGCUUGGAAUUUCCUGGUUCCUCACGAAUCCCAUUGUCUCCUGGUGAUAAAGUUCUGGAAUGGCCUGCCCAGGGAGGUGGUGGAGUUAGGGCAUGGGUUGGACUUGAUGAUCUUUAAGGUCUCUUCCAACCUAGUCAUUCUCUGAAAUUCUGUGAAAUUUAUCAUUGUGUCCGAGACCUCAUCUUGUGCAUUCCAGACCCCAUCCUGCAUGGCCCAGACCCUUGCCACAUGGCUCAGACCUCAUCCCACUUUUCCCAGUCUCUUCCCCCAUUUCCCAGACCUUGCUCCAUCUGUGUGGCCACUGGUGACCACAGCUGUGAAAAAUGGCUGCCUUCUGCAGUAUGGGGGGACUUGGGGGGCUUGGGAGAGUAUGGGGGGGGUUUGGAGGGCAGAGAGGGACACAGGGGUUAGGCAAGGAGUUUUGGGCUGUCCAUGGAGGUAUUUGGCGUGUCUGGCAAGGGGAAGGGAGGUGGGGGCUGUCUGUGGGGACUUUGGGGUUUUCAUGGCAGGUUUGAGGUGUUCCCAGGGGUUUUUGGGUCUCCAUGUGGAGCUUUAGGGUGUCAGUGGGGUUUUGGAGUCUACAAAAGGAGUUUUGGGGUGUCCAUGGGGUAUUUGGGGUCUGCACAAGGGGAGGCCUGGAUGAGGAAUUUUGGGAUAUCCAUGGGAAUCUGGGGUGUCCAUUAGGGUUUUGAGGCUUUGCAGGGAGUUUCUGUGGGGGUUUUGGUGUUCCCAACCCUUCUCCCUUCCUGACAGGCCCUGUGUGCCCCCCAAACUAGCACUAUGAGCUCUGCACCGCCCCCCCUCCCCCUGCAUCUGCAAACGCAAAGCUGGACCUCAGGACUGCUCUGAUGCCUCCACAUGCUUUGAAGGUUGUUUCUGUGAUCCCAGAUUUUUCCAGAGGGGGAUUACUGCAUGCCCCUCCCCCAGUGUGGCUGUUUUGGAGGGCCCAGGGGAGUGCAGUUUUACCCUGGGUCCCCCUGCACUGAGCAGCGUAUCUGUUCUGAAAAUGGGGGGCUGGAGUGUCAUCCCAUUCCAGACUGCUCCAGUGACAAGGAAUGCACAGUGUAGGGUGGGGUACUGGAGUGCCACCCCUGCACCUGCAGACAGUGCCAGUUUUUUGGGGGCAGGGGCUUACAGCACUUUUGAUGGGCACCUGGGGAAUUUUGGGGAGUCCUGCACCCUCCUGCUGCAGGAGUUGGAGAGGGGUGAGCCUGAAGAAGAGCUGGAGCCUAUCAUCGUGGCCUUGGAGCAGGAGGACAUGGAGGUGCAGUGGGUGAUGGUGAUGGUGAUGGCAUCGGCGCACGGGGUGACUGUGGUGGUGGACGGGACAGCAGUGGGAGGUGACAGUGAGUAGAGGCCCCGGGAACUUGGGGGUGCAAGCCCUAGUUUUGGGGGCAAAAAGAUACUUGGGAGCCAAAAAGGGGGAUGGAAAUAGGAUUUUGGGAGGUGCAACAGUGAGGAAAGGCCUUGUUUAGGGUUAAAGCUCUGACUUUGAGGUGCAUGCCCUGUUUUGUGGGUGCAAACCAUGUUUUGGGGACAAUGCUUUUGGGGGUGAAAGUGUGGUUUUGUAAGUACAAACCCUGUUUGGGGUACACACACCACUUUAAGUGUGCACUCUAGGGUGUACAGACCAUUUCUGGUGUGCUAACUGUGGGAUUGAGCUGGAAACUAUGAUUUUGGUGUUGAAAACUCUCUUUUUGGAGUCUAAUCACCAUCCCUUUUUGGGAUGUAAACCGUGGGUUUGAGGUGCGCAGAAGGAAAUCCAAACCCUAGUUUUGGAAGUGCAAAUCCUGUUCUUGGGGGUGCAAACCCUAUUUUGCCCCACCUUUGAGGCAAAAGGUGCAACUUCCCUUACAGAAUCCUCCCCCCUGUCUCCCCCAGGUGGAUGGCAACCGCCACUUGCUGCUGCUGUGGCUGCGUGGGGGCGGUGCAGGUGGGGCCCCACCAGCUGCUCUAGGUCCAGAGGAGCCCCAAAAUCCUCUAGGAUGGCAAUGCACCCCAUCCCGCCGGCCCCGGGGCCUCUGUGGCAACAUCAACGGGGACCCCGACGGGAGGCUCUGGGCAGCUCCCCCCAAACUGCACCCACCUGGCAAGGUGCUGCGCGGUGCUCGGGGACCCCGAGGGACCCUUUGCAGGGUGUCACGGGGCGGUGCCGCCCUGCACGUUCCUGGUGACCUUUGGGUGCCAGUUGUGCGGGAGGGUGGAGACCCCUGUCCAGGCUUUCAGGGCUAGGCAGCUGCGUGCCAGGCAGCCGCAGGCCUGCUAUGGGAAUGUCGGGAGACCACGGGUUGCCGUGAGUACAUGGAGGAAUUGGGAAUUCUGGGGGGAUUUGGGUAUUUGAGGUGACAGGAAGUUUGGAGUUGGGAAUUUGGGGUGGUGAAGUUUUGGGAGGAUGAGAAUUCACAGGUCAGGAUUUCUGUGGGGACAGGAAUUUUGCAGGGAGUGGAAAUUUUGGUGGGGGUGGGAAUUUGGAGGUCGAGGGGAGUGGAAUGGAGCAUGUCUGCAUUGCUAAGCCCCUGUAAUAAAUAAAGAGGUCUUUGUUCAUCAAAACGAGUGUUGAAGGAGAUAAGAAUUUGAACUGAGUAGGGAACGCAACUAGCAUAGAAGACUGUAACUAAUUAUAUACAAGUUAACUUUUAAGCCAAGGACAAUCUGCAAGGAAAAUGAGGAGCCUUCAUUCCUAUGAUCACCAAGGGCAGAAAAAAAGACCUCCUAGCAGCCAAUUGCACCGGCACAGAGUGCAUCGAGAGAAAAUACGUCAACCAGGGGGGAAAAAAAAAAAAAAAAAAGGACUAUAAAAACUAAAAGGUCAAAGGGGAAGGUGCGCCAUGGUAGAGCAGAGACUCCCUGGUCACCCAGCUCUGUCUUUUGCUUAAUACUACUUGCUUAAUAAAUUCUUGUUAAUUAAUUUCUCUA